AUGGCCCCGCGCGCGGGACAGCGGGGGCUCUGGAGCCCGCUGCCUGGGCUGCUUCUCGUGGCAGCAGCGCUGAGCCGGCCCGCCGCGCCCUGUCCCUUCCAGUGCUACUGCUUCGGCAGCCCCCGGCUGCUGUUGCGCUGCGCGUCGGGCGCGGAGCUCCGGCAGCCGCCGCGGGACGUGCCGCCCGACGCGCGCAACCUCACCAUCGUGGGCGCCAACCUGACCGUGCUGCGCGCGGCCGCCUUCGCGGGAGGGGACGAGGAGGCGACGGAGGGCGUGCGCCUGCCGCUCCUCACUGCGCUGCGCCUCACACACAACAACAUCGAGGUGGUGGAGGACGGCGCCUUCGACGGGCUACCCAGUCUGGCGGCGCUCGACCUGAGCCACAACCCGCUUCGCGCCCUGGGAGCCCGUGCCUUCCGCGGGCUGCCUGCGCUGCACUCGCUGCAGCUCAAUCACGCGCUGGCACGGGGAGGCCCCGGGAUGCUGGAUGCCCUGGACGCCGCGCUCACCCCACUGGCCGAGCUGCGCCUGCUGGGCUUGGCGGGCAAUGCGCUGAGUCGCCUGCCGCCCGUCGCGCUGCGCCUGCCUCGCCUGGAGCAGCUGGACGCGCGCGUCAACGCACUGACCGGCCUGGGCCCCGACGAGCUGCGCGCGCUCGAGCGCGAUGGCGACUUACCCGGGCCGCGCCUGCUGCUGGCGGACAACCCGCUGAUCUGCGGGUGCACCUCGCGCCCCCUGCUGGCCUGGCUCCACAAUGCCACCGAGCGCGUGCCCGACGCGCGCCGCCUGCGCUGCGCCUCCCCGCGCGCGCUGCUCGAUCGGCCACUGAUGGACCUGGACGAGGCGCAGCUGGGCUGCGCCGACGGCGAUGCUAACGAGCGCGGGGAAGAGGUGGAUGUCGCCGGCCCGGAGCUGGAAGCCUCUUACGUCUUCUUCGGCCUGGUGCUGGCACUCAUCGGCCUCAUCUUCCUCAUGGUGCUCUACCUAAACCGUCGUGGCAUCCAGCGCUGGAUGCGCAACUUGCGCGAGGCCUGCAGGGACCAGAUGGAGGGCUACCACUAUCGCUAUGAGCAGGAUGCAGACCCGCGCCGCGCGCCCACUCCGGCUGCCCCCUCCGGCUCCCGGGCCACUUCCCCGGGCUCUGGUCUUUGA